AUGGCCAUAGUGUCAUCUCGUCGGAACUCAUCUCCAGAAGUAUCUCUGAUCUUCAGAGACUAUUCCAUUCCAAUGAAUCAGAUGAAAGGGCCUUACGCUUUGUCAAGGACACCCAAUGAUCUACGACUCCCCUGGCUUAUGCGGGCGCUUUGCUAUACCCGAGAAGAAGCCUCCAAGAACGUCGACCGAUUUCAUAUCUCGAAUAUCGAGCAGUUGGGUUCACUCAGCGGCAUAAUCGCGGGUGGUCGCAUUAACCAGCCUCUGAAAAUGAUCGGAAGCUGCUCGUUUGAAAAUGACACCCCUCACGGAGAAGGCAAAGCGCUUCUUAAACAAAAGGAAAUGUACACAGUCGAAUGA